AUGAAUGGUAAUAAAUGUGACGAUUGUUCAAUUGGAAAAAUCACAUCAAGAAAUACAUGUGAUACAACAGUAAAUGCAUGUGGAAGUGGAAGUAAAUGUGCUGCAUGUGUGGAAGUUACUAAGAAACAAACAAUCAAAUGCACCAAAUGCGCCACACAAACUGAUUACAUCAAUCUUGAUGAAACAUGUGAUAAAACUUGUAAAACUGGUAAAGCUAAUAAAGAAACUAUGAAUUGUGAAAAAUGCGCUAUUGGUGGCUGCGAAACUUGUGAAACAGUUGCAUCUGCUGAACAAUGCACCAAGUGUGAAAACAAAUAUAUUGCUACCGACAAAAUUUCAUGUGUUAAUAAAUGCACCACUGGUAAAUCAGUUGAUACCCCAAUCAAAAAGUGUGAUAUGUGUGCUACUUCUAAUUGUGUUGUUUGUGAUAAAGACGACAAGUGCACUAAAUGCAAAACCGAUUUUAAUCUGGUGUCUGACAAUUUGAAGUGUGUUGAGAAAUGUCCAGAAGGAUAUAAUACAGAUAAAACUAAUAAAAAAUGCAUAAAAUGUGUUGUUGAAGGUUGCGCAACUUGUGAAAAGGUAGAUGAGUGCACUGCCUGUAUGGCAGAAUACAAGUUGGAAGGAGGAAAAUGCAGUGGAGCUCAUGCCAUUUCCGCGAUUAUGGCUAUGGUCGUUAUGGCAUUCUUAUUCUAA